GAAGAAAACAAAAAGUGUGCCAAAGAAAAAGAAAGGUUCAGAUACAGAAGAAGAUGAUGACGAGGAAGACACUCCACAAAAAAAGACAAAGAAAAAGACCACAAAAGAAGGUUCUGACAAAGAUGGCAAGGAGAAGAAAUCCAAAGAUGACAAAGAGUAUGACAAAAAAUCGAUGAAAGACACCAAGAAAAAGGAACCGGCUUCUCUGUUCUGUGUAAACGGAGAUAAGGAUAAGUCAGACUCCAAGAGCAAGAAGAAAGCAGCCAAAUCUGAUAGUGAUGACAGUGAACCAGAAACCAAGUCCAGCAAGUCAAAAUCAAAAAAGAAGGAGAACGCCAACCCGGCAUCCAUGUUCGCAGCAGGGGGAGACAAGGACAAGGAUAAGGGUAAAGACAAGGACAAAGACAAGAAGAAGAAGAAAGCCAAAGCAUCAGAGAGUGACGAUUCUGACUCUGAGGCAGAAAAAGGGACAAAAAAGAAAAAGGGAAAAGGGAAGAAGAAGAAGGAGGAGAGGCCUCCAUCCCCGGACAUUGAGUUUGACAGCCUGGAGGAGUUUGUCCUGCAGCCAGCCCAGCAGGGGGUGACGGUCAAAUGCAAGAUGACCCGGGACAAGAGGGGCAUGGACAAAGGCUUGUACCCCACAUAUUAUCUCCACCUCGACAAUGAAAAGAAGGUCUUUCUACUGUCUGGGAGAAAACGAAAGAAAAGCACAACCUCCAAUUACCUCAUCUCCAUUGACCCCACAGACUUGUCUAGGGGUGGAGAAAAUUUCAUUGGAAAGUUGAGGUCCAAUAUGAUGGGCACUAAGUUCACAGUGUUUGACAAUGCUCUGCAUCCAGACAGAGCUCUACCAGACAUGUCCAAUGCUCGCCAAGAACUAGCAGCCAUCAUUUAUGAAACGAAUGUCUUGGGAAUAAAGGGCCCCAGAAGGUUGACCAUCAUCAUCCCAGGGAUGGGCAAGGACAGUGAACGGGUGCCCAUCCGACCUCGCAGAGACAACAACGGUUUGCUGAUGAAGUUCCAGAACAGAAAGAUGGACAAUCUGAUCGAACUCCACAACAAGACCCCCACAUGGAACGACGACACGGCGUCACAUGUGCUGAACUUCAACGGCAGGGUCACACAGGCCUCCAUCAAGAACUUUCAGAUCAUCCACAGCAAAGAUGAGGCCUAUAUUGUGAUGCAGUUUGGACGAGUAGCAGAUGAUGCCUUCACUCUGGACUAUAGCUACCCCAUGUGUGCGGUGCAGGCCUUUGCCAUCGCUCUAUCCAGCUUUGAUGGCAAAAUAACCUGCGAAUAACUGGAAACCAUGGGCCCUGGUGCCUCCUCAAGCUGCUGCAACUCGUUAUACUACAGAUGCACACUACCAGAAAUAAUCAUUUCCUUCACCAGUUUAACACUCAACAUCAGUGCAAAGGUACACAGAAGGAUGGAUGAGACGAGAUGGGAAUCCAAGUGCAUUUGAUAACACAUGGACUGUCUUCUGGGAUUGUUUUGUUUGUUUGCGUCUCAUAUGCACAGGAGGCUGCUGAGGGGAGGGCGGCUCAUAAUAAUGGCCCGGAACG